AUGGUUGACGAAGAGAAGGUCGAACAACAAACCUGGCAACAGAAGCUGCUAUUUUAUACCACAGCUUUCUUCGUGUUACUUGGCAUCUUUAGCUUGUUCUCAUUUUUAUUCCUCGUGCCUUUUGUCAUCGACCCAGCUUUCACAACGAUUUUUAUGGAGUUCGACGAGGAGCCCGCUUAUUGCGUGACCUCAAGGGUCGAGCGUCGGAUUGGCGCCUCCAAUUGCAGUUGGACUUCUUGUAGGGAAGGUUGCACCAAGGACAUAUACGACUGCACGCACAUUUACGUCAACUACAAAGCAGCCAAUAGAUCUAAUGUAUCGUUAGUGGACUCUGUUGCUUCGAUGGUGCUCACCACUCAGCUACCGUUCAGAGAAAAGCGGUUUGUACCUCCUCCUCAUGAGGAUUACGAGGACUACUACGAUUUGCCGGAAGACGAUGGUUACGAUUGGUCUUUCAGAGGCGCUAGACUGUUUCCCAAUGUCAAAGGUUGCGGUUAUCCACCAAUGCUCAACUGUACGGUAUUCAUGAAGACAUAUAGGGAUAUAGGCACCAACUAUUCAUGCUACUACAGUAAAGUAGAUCCCAGUCUUGUGAUCAGUCAUUUGGACAUGUGGCAAGUGUAUAUGAACCUGGUGUACGCUAUGGCCAUUCCGAUUCCAUCGUUCAUAGUAUCCGUGAUAUAUCUGGCCAUAGCCUAUUUCAAGAUCUACAAUGAAGAUGAGGAAGAAGCACCUUUAAAGAAGAACGCCGAAGCGAUAGACAUGGAAGGCGAGACAGGAACCGGCGAAACCCCCGUCCCCCCAGCUAGCGGGGGUAUCACCCCCGCUAGCGAAGCAUUUAGAGAAGAUUUAGCUAGUUUUGGACAUCAUUUCAAAGUCGCCAUGGUAGAUGAAAUGAGUCGAGACAGUCUUGCUGAUGAUGUCCCGGCCGUGUUUUCUAGUGCGAAAGACAUCAUGGAGGCUCAACAAAGAGAAAGAGAAAAACGCGCCAACUACUAG